AACCCUCCCAUCUUUUGUUCGCUCGCUCUCUCUCGCUUCCUUCACGCUGGCUCCCCAUCCAUUUCAGUCGCUCAUUGUCGCCACCGUCACCGCCCACUUUCUUCUGCUCGUGCCGCCGCGUCCUCCCUCUUAGCGAGUUCCACUGCUUUUCUACUCUCUUCUUAUCACUGAUCUAUUUGGAUUUCAAGAAGCAAGCGGAUCAUUCUCAAUUCACCAACUUCAACUGUGAGGGCACCAACAAACUUACAAACCUUACUCGAUUACAAGCGCAAUAUAUGUGUGGUCUACUUGGGCAAUUCUCAUUUGGGAAUUGAAGUAAUUUGCUUAGGAAAAAAAAGAAAAAAAUUCCAUUAGACAUGACAGGAUUUGGCUAUGGACUGCGUGUACUUCGGAGACAGAUGCAUCUCCUUCAGCAACGUGAAUGUCCAUCAGAGGCUCUAAAGGUAAAGAUCGCCGAGUUGGAGAGAUUUAGGAAGAAGAAGAAAAGUGGCAAGCAGUUCAUUGUGGACGUUCCUGAAUCAAAAUCCUUUCUUGACACUGCUUCUAUGCCCAUGAUUCUAACUGCGGUUGGAGUUGCUCUCUUUGCUAAACUCCUUAUGAUGUAUGAUGAGUCAAGAUCUGAAGAGCUGAUAGAGCGCAAAAUAAAGAAUUCUCCGCCAGGUCAAGGAACUGUGAGGAUGCUUAGUCGGGAGGAGUGGGAGGAAAUGCGAGAGGUUCGACCAAGGACUCCGUUUGAAUCCAAGCUUGCUCGUCCAAAUGCAAGAAUCAGAACUGGAGAACCUGUACACAGGGAAGAUUUGAAGGACUGGACAGUUGAUGUGCUGUCAAAUGCACUUACUCGGGCGGAAGAAAGUGUGAGGCAUGAUUCUACUUCCAGGUGACUUCUCCGAAGGGCCUUCUCCUAGAUGUGGAGACUUUCAAACUCAUCUGAGUUGGUGUUUGGUCAUGCAAAAUUGUUUUGUUGGGCGCAACUCCUGAAAAUGUGCUUUGAAGGAUGGUUGGUUAGUAACACAUUUCAAAAAUUAGUUUGUUUCUAUGUUUGAUCUGAUUUUGAUCAUGUAAAUCUCCUACAUGAUAUUUUAUGUAGAGAACAAUCAGGUCGCCAUGAACCGGGAUAGAGAUAGUAGGUAAUUUGAUUGUGACUGAAUCGCAAGUAGGUGGUGGAAAAGCUUAGAUAGUGGUGAGUGGGUAUAUGCAAUUCAGGAGUUUGGCGGCCGAAACUAUUAUUUGUAUUUAUUAGAUUUGCAAUUUUGAUCUCCUUGUUUUAA